AUGUCCGCUAACCCCGCUAUAGUGCGUCCCACUGAGACCACAGAACAGGUCCUGGUGAACUUCACCAAACCCAACUCUCUCGAAACGGUGCUGACCAAGUGCGAUGAAGAGCUAGGCGGCUACUCGACCGUCAACCUUGCCCUGGAACGGCCCACGACGGGCAAACCCUACGGCCGCUUUUUCGGCAAUCUGUCACUGGACCUGCCCAAAGACAACAAGAUGGUGACACGAUCCGGCUUUGCCAUGUUCCGAACGUUGGACCAGCCCUCGUCCAUGUUCAAGACCAAUGCGUGGAACUGGGAGCAGUACCGCCAUCUGGAGCUGCGGGUGCGAGGAGACCGUCGAAAGUACUUUGUCAACGUGCAAAGUGCCACCCCUCUGGCCUCGGAUCUGUACCAGCACCGGCUCUUCAUCCAAACUCCCGGAGAAUGGGAAACGGUGGUGAUCCCUAUCGACGACUUCAUUCUCACCAACAAGGGAGUGGUGCAGGAACAAAUGGCCAUGGAUACCGCCAACGUGUACACUGUGGGAAUCGGUCUCAUUGACCGACAAUACGGACCUUACAACCUUGACAUUGAGUACAUCAAGGCCGUAGCCCAUCCUCCGCUGGAGUUCAAACCCAAGAAGGAGUACGAGGUGGAAAAGGAAACCAUUCUGCUGACUCCUGGCCAGCCCAUGGAGUUGGGCAAGGGCAAGGUCAAGGAGCUGGAGUGA